AUGACAAAUAUGAUUUAUUUUUCGUUUAUAAUUUUAACAUUAAUAUCAUCAUUAAUAGCACAAUAUCAAUAUUUUCAUAAGCCAUCAUGGAAUCAUUCAAAUCGACAAAGUUUUAUGGCACCAAUGCAUCUAUAUGCUGGAGUACAUUUACCAAAUAACAAUCAUCCAACAGCUCCGUCGAUUGAUACUGUUGUUCCAAUAAAUAAUAAUCAAUAUAAAAAUAAUUUAUUUACAACACGAACUACUUAUUUUUUUCAUCCAAUAUCAACAACAACUAUUCAAACAAAAAAAUCUUAUAAUUUUAGACGUCGAAAUCGAACUAGAAUACUAUCACUACCACCAUCACCACCACUAACAAAUUCAAAUCCUCAACAUUUUGGAAUUGUUGUAAAUGUUUAUGAACCAACAACAGAAAUAGUAAGUACUAGUUCAUCAACAACACAAUAUCCUUGGUGGAAAUUUACUACAACCACAACAGAAUUAUUCCAUGAACGUUUUCCUAAAUUACCUUCACAAACUAAUAGACUACCACCACCCACAGUACCAAGAAGUUUUACAACAUCAACUAGUUUUAUCUAUCCAUCAUCAUCAUCAACAACAACAACGACAACUAGUAUAACUACUACAACAACAACAACUACUACUACUCCAACUACUCCAACUACUCCAACUACUACUACUACUACUACAUUUUUUCAAACAACAUCUAGUUCAUUUAUGUCUCGUCCAUCUAUUCCAUUUCGUUCAUCCUGGUUAUUUACUGUUCCAUCAUUUUCUCAAAUUGUUGAUCAAUAUCCUCGUUAUCCAACAAUUCUUCGUUGGUUUGAAGAACUUUCUCAUCAUCCUAAUAUAUCUCGUUUUUUUGCAUACGAAAUUGUUGGGCAUACUCAUGAAAAUCGUUCAUUAGUUGUAGCAAAAAUUGGUCUUAUGCCAUUUCGAAAAAAUCGUCGUUCAGUAUGGCUUGAUGGUGGUAUACAUGCAAGAGAAUGGAUUUCAACAGCAACUGUACUUUAUACAAUAGCACGAAUAAUUAAUGGUACAUUAGCACGUGAUAUUGAUGUAAGAAAAUUAAUUGAUAAAUAUGAUUUUUAUUUUAUGCCUGUUGUUAAUCCUGAUGGUUAUGCAUAUACACAUGAUGAUAUAAAGACCGUAUGGGAUACACAAGAACAACAUGAUCAACAACGAAUGUGGAGAAAAAAUCGACGACCGCAUAAUGAUUGUCCAGGUGUUGAUUUAAAUCGAAAUUUUCCAUUUGCAUGGGAUAAUCGAGGAGCAUCGAAAUUUCCAUGUGAAGAAACAUAUCGUGGACCAUAUCCUGAAUCUGAACCAGAAGUUCGAUCAAUAACAUCAUUUAUAUUAAAACGUCGACCGUAUUUUCAUAUAUUUAUAACAUUACAUGCAUUUGGUAAUUUUUGGAUGUUACCAUUUUCAUUUUCAACACGUAUUCGUCCAUAUGAUUAUCAUCGUGCUGAACGUUUACUUUUACAAAUGAAUCGUUUAAGUCAAAAUACAUUUAAAAUUGGUCAAUCAUCAACAGUACUUUAUACAGCAACAGGUACAAGUGAAGAUUGGGCUAAAGCUAUAGCACAAAUUCCACAUACAUUUUCAAUUGAACUUCCACCAAGUACUGAUGCAUUUGAUAUGCGUCAAGAUGAAUUAAAUGGUUUUACAUUUUAUGCUGAUAAAGAUAUUGUUUCAGUAGCUGAAUCAACUUAUCAUUUAUUACAAUUAUAUCUUAAAAAUUUAGCUAAAUUACAACAUUCAUCACAAAUAACAAUUUAA